CUUUCGCACGUAAAUUUCCAAAAUCUUCCUCCAAAAUCCCAAUUCCAAAAUCUUUCCUGCAGUCUUUCCCAAAAUCCUCCCCAAAACCGUUCCCAAACUCCGCUCGCUUAUGCCUCGCAGAUGCCGAUCAGGUGUCGCUGCCCCACCGCAAUGCGAGUGCGAUCCAGCCAUGCAGUUCAUGAUGACCGCCAAUAGAUUGGACUGCAGAUCAGCUCGUACCCGUCUUGACCGGUCGCUUUGAGGCGUUGUGGCAACCUAUGGUUGGUCUACGCGUAUCAAGAUUUUGGAAAGGUUGAAACGAUUUUGGGAAGGCUGAAAGGAUUUUGGGCCAUGUCCCGCAGUCGAGCUUUGCUCGCUUGCCAUGGUUAUCAGCGCGAACCCCAAUCCCACCGUAACUGGGGCUGAAUAGUAACAAACUCGUCUCUACUUUUCUCAAUUCAGAGCAUUUGCUUAAGUGAUUUGAAUCAAUUGUGAUUUCUGAUUUCCAGUCCAACACUAGUUACGGCGGCCCAGCAAUUUUAUCAAACAUCCACUGUUGGCAGCUAUGGACGCACGACAAAGAUCCAGAAUUAUUACCUCUGAGACUUGGGAAGCCAAGAAGGACAUUAUUAGGCGGCUGUACAUUGACGAGGGAAAGACUCUCAGGGGCAAAGAUGGGAUCAUCGAUAUCAUGAAACGAGAGCACGGUCUCACAGCCAGCAAAGCGCAGUACGAGGCGAAGCUCAGACACUGGGGCUUUCGUAAAAAUGCCACUAAGCAAGAGUGGAUAGCUCUUUUUCGUAACCUGAACAGCACUAGAGUCGCUGAACAAGAGUUGACAGUGUAUCUUUAUGGUGGGAAGAUUUCCCAUAAAAAGCUGGACAAACAAAGAAGCACGUACGCGGGUAAUGCCGUGAAUGAUAUGAAUUCAUUAGACAACAUCCCGAUCCCCCCCUGUUUCCGGAUCGAGGUGAAAUCAACAGACGUCUUGGAAAUAUCAAAUCCUUCUACAAUCACUGGGGAAUUCUUGGAGCGCAUCACAACAUCACCCGCACUCACAGAAAGCAUACAUGAUCCUGUUGAAGUCGAGGAGAUUUUUCGACAUCCAGAGUUUAAUUACACGCCCUUUGAAUACCCUUUUCCAUCUACUUCUGGCGGAUAUGCUCCGAAUUCGACAUGGUCACCGAACCGCACUCCGUCUCCAUGGCAGGCUCUUUUCAGUGGAUUUCCCCACGACUCGUGGUCGUCCUACCCAUCUCCAAUCCCGACUGUGGCAACGCAAUUUGUAUCCCCUGUGGAUUUUGCAUCAAAUCUAUCUCAAUCUUCGCCAACUCUCACUUCCAUCGUUUCGGCGUUAAAUAAGUUCCACCUGAGCUUACCAGCAAACAUAAAACAAAUCUCUGACGCUGUUGAGGCCCCACUUCGUAUUCUACUCCCAUCGGGAGCUAGGGAUCUUAUGUUGGGACAGACCCAGAGUGUUAGAGCUUUGUACUUUAUGGUACACGCGUUCGCCAAUAAUCUCGUUAAUUGGAAAGCUCUAGUGGACGACUCUGAUGAUCCUGCCAGCGAACUGUGCAAACUUGUUAUCCGCCACUUCAGCAUUUGGAACGAACAACGUUUUUGCUCCUUCUUGAGAUCUUUCCCAAAUAAUAUCGGGGCAGCCUUAGAAGAGGGUAUCUUUCGUGCUUCUGUGAUCCUCGGGGCGCACGAGACGAUGAGAGUAUUACUCAGUCGAGGAUUAGAUCCAGCGCAUAUUUGGGUCCCUUCACGUCAAAGCCUACCACCAGGACUACCUGUUGGCUGUUUAGCAUACGCAAUUCAGAGUAGCAACUCUGACGCCAUCACUACUCUGUUACGUCACGGGGAUAGAAAACUGCAUUAUGAUCUGUGGUCGAAUGAUGUGAUAUCUGAAAUCAGACCUGAUAUCAUCAGAUUACUCAUUGCUGAAAAUCUGAUACCAUGUGAGCCGUCCUUGCGACAACAUAUCCUCGAAUCCCAUCAUUUAGAUAUGAUAAGAGUAAUUGAUCCCAGACCCGGUGUCAGAUUCCCUGAAGCUGGUUUUUUCCAAGACUAUGUAUCAGUCGAGGACACCCCACGCGUGAAUUCCAUGUUGGAUUCCAUGCCUCAAUCAUGGUUUGAGAAGCAGAGACAUGACACGUCGUUCCUGGAAACAUGUUUGAGCAUUUCUAUCCGCCGCCAUAAUGAUACAACAGUUCGAAAGUUUCUCGAGUUGGGCGCGCGGUCAUCUCCCCAUCUUUUCCGUCAGUCCGUCCAUGCGAGCAGCCAUCAUGCUAUUGAGGUAUUUUUGGAUCAAAAGGAAUCUCUUUUUUUCAAUGACGUCUUGGGAAACCCUGAAGCGUAUUUUUCAGAAGUGUCGGGGCUCCUUGUUGGUCUUGAAUGCGAACAAACAAGCUCGAUUUUCCGCAGACGGGGGCUUUACGAGGAGGUCGUGAACCACCACGCGGUUCUUCUUGCAAAAAUUUCACAGGCACUAAGAAUCGGCGACAGCGUUUGGAUGGAUGAGUUAAUGGAAACAUGCAAAAGGCGAUAUGAUAUCUCACAGCUAGCCGUUAACGAAAUGUUUCGCAUCGACCUUGGAGAUUUCUAUCUCUAUAUGGGCAACCGAAACAAUGCUCUCAAGAGUCUUGUACGCUCUCAGAUCAUCUAUAGCCAUUCUUUGUUGUCUGCUACUCUUCUACUGAAGGAGUAUGAGCUAGCGAACAGUCUCCUGAAUAUUUCAUACGAUCUGGAACGUAGCCAUGAUGUACUUCACAUUGCUGUCAUAUCCGGUAAUCUGGCUAUGGUACGGCGCCUCAUACAUGCGGGGGCUCCAUUGAGUACGUCAUGGGCUCCUGUUCCCGAGAUCGUUGACUGGAAACAGCGGUACAAUCUGUUUGGAGUUUGCCCGCUUCUCACCACUGCGAUUUACAGUCGAAAUCAAUUCAUGACCGAUUUUCUGCUGGACAUGGGAGUUUCAUUAGGCCAAAAGGAGCAGCCACACGCUGAACCGACUUAUUAUGUCUCUCCGUUGAGAGCUUCGAUCCACAUUGGGGAUCAUGGGCUGAUUGCCAAGUUAUUGAGUCGAGGCGCUCAAAUUCACAUUCAGAGGAACCCUCAUCGAGGACCGAAAAGUAUCAGUUCAGAGCUAUCCAUCCUUCGGAAUCAAAAUUUGAUUCAACUGUUAAUCAAAGCGGCGAGAACGAUGAACGCAGACUCAGGAAAGAGAUUGGAGAUCGAUAUCAUUCGCUCCGCGAUAGAAACUGAAGACGCCACUGUUUUAUACAUUGUCCUUGCUUGCAUGGAUGAUGGGGUGGAAUCUCAAAGUCCCUGUACACUCGAGAGGUAUUCAUUCAUCGAAGUCAGGGAAGAGGUUCUUAGCAUGGGUCUAAGCCUUGCGGUUCGAGAAGACAGUAAAGAAAGUUUGAGAAUGACGCAAGCGUUGCUAGUUUAUGGAGCGAACCCUAACUAUAUUUACAAUCUAGAGACGUAUUCAUCAUUCCUGCAACCUGGACGCACGACCAUUUUGGCAUCAGCUGCGUCGCUGGGCAAUCUUAUGAAAGUUCAAAUAUUGGUCGAAGGCGGAGGGGACAUCCAUGCUCAAGCAAAAUGGGGAUGUUCAAGAACUGCUCUCCAAACUGCCGCAGAAAUUGGAGCAAUUCAUGUGGUGGAAUAUCUGCUCAAAGAGGGUGCGAGAACUGAUGAAGCACCUGCACAUCAUCUUGGACGUACAGCCUUACAACUUGCCGCCGCGGGGGGUUAUAUCGCAAUUGUAGCGCUACUAAUCGACCAUGGCGCCUCGGUCAACGAAUCACCUUGCCGCAUAGAGGGACGUACAGCCUUUGAGGCGGCUGCGGAGAAUGGGCGGAUUGACACAUUAUAUUUUCUGGCGGAGAAUGGGCUGGACUUGAUAAGCGAUGGAAGUGCACAGCGCGAGAACGCAAUUUGGUUAGCAAAAAACAGCGGGCACGCUGCUGUCGAAGAAGUUGUCGAAACAUUGUAUAUCCAAGCAUGUCAACAGGCAGGGGCUUCAAGGAUGACGGUGUUGGAUGCGGAUGAACCUUUCAUUUAGGAUACUGAGGGCGGUUGUAGAGUUUCCCAGACGCUUGGAUAUUUAAAGGUCAUGCUUUCACGGAUUCAACAUUUUCUUCAAUGAUCAAUCCCUGACACCGUAUUUGCCGAUACAACGCUAUGCAUGUUUGACAGCAACACUCAGCAGCGAUGAAGAUAUUUUUAGCAGAUACUGCGAUUAU